GGGUGGGGUGGCUGAUGGCUUCGCCUUUUCCUGCCCCUGGCUGUCACCCCUGGGACUUACAGACAGACAGGCAGGCAGACAGACAGAGAACGAGAGAGAGGACUAACACACAGAGGCCUCUCUCACUAUAUCAUCCCUUCACUGGAAAAAAAACAUCAAAUUUUUGUUAUUUAUUCAAGUGAUCGUAUUGAGAUUAAAACUCUCUUUUGAAAGGGGAGACCUGCCAUAGUACAACGGCAACUAAACCGACACUCCAUCCUAAUAUACCUGGAGUUCCAGGCUCUUUCUAAGCUGUGAGGUGCUGUGGAAUAGCAGCAUGGGUAGACCCACUAUGAGCCGUGCCACUGCCCUGCUCACACUCCUGGCCUGUCUGGUUGUCUUAGAGGCCCGUCAUGAGCCAGGAUACUGUGCCUUCUACGAGGAGUGUGGUAAAAACCCAACGGUGGCGGGAUCCCUCCUCCCCCCCAUAAUCCCCUGCCUCAACUACAGCCGUGCUCGAGCCCUCGAGGGGAAGCACUACCAGCAACUCAAAAAGGUGUGCCCCAUGCUGGACCGUGGAGAGGGCAGCACCACUGCCUGCUGCUCUAUAAAGCAGCUCAAGUCCCUGGAAAUGAGCCUGAUGCUGUCCAAGGCAGUGCUCAUGCGCUGCCCCUCCUGUGCUGACAACUUUGCCCACCUCCACUGCAUCAACACCUGCAGCCCUGACCAGACCACAACCAUUAACGUGACACGCACCAUCAACAUCACCACCUUGGGGAUUGUCAAAGAGGCUGUGGUGGGUUACCAGGCCUACUUGUCCACCUCGUUUGCCGACAAAUCCUUUGAGUCCUGCAAGAACGUGAGGAUUCCCGCCACGGGGGGGUAUGCCAUCGCUACCAUGUGUGGACGCUAUGGCUCAGCACUGUGUACGGCUCAGCGCUGGUAUGACUUCCAGGGAGACUCCAGUAAUGGCCUGGCCCCACUGGACAUCGACUUCAGGCUGAUCCCAGAAGGGGUCACCGAGGGGAUACCCGAUGGGAUAGUGCCUUACGCUGGGAGGGCGCUGGGGUGUAACGAGAUGACCCCAACAGGGGCAGAGGUUUGCUCCUGCCAGGACUGCCAGGCCUCGUGCCCGGUCGUACCCUCUCCCCCACCCCCCGCAGAACCCUUCACCAUCGGGGGGGUGGACGGCUACCUGGUGCUAUGUGUGAUCUUCCUCUGCGUUCUCAUUCUAGCCUUCCUGCUCUUUGUGCUCUCCACCUACCUCCUGAGGAAGGAAGAGGGCAAGGACUCUGAGAAAGGGAAAGGAAAGGGGAAAGGGAUGGAUAAGAAUGGGAACAACGUGAGUGAGAGGCUGAUUGAACCGUGGGAGGUGACGUGUACAGAUAAGAACAGCUUGGCUACUCAGGAGUUCCUGGGUUCUGGGUUCCGGGCAUGGGGCACCCUCGUCGCCUCACACCCCCUCAAGGUGCUGCUAGCGUCGGCUGUGGUCACAGCUGCCUUCGCCACAGGACUCAUGCACAUUGAACUGACCACCGACCCGGUCCAGCUGUGGUCAGCCCCAAACAGCCGUGCCCGUAUCGAGAAGGACUUCCAUGACAAGCACUUUGACCCAUUCUUUAGAACCAACCAGAUGAUCCUAACAGCGCCGGGCCGACCUGGUCACUUCUACGACUCGUUGCUGUUCGGGAAGCAGAACUUCAGUGGAAUCAUUGCCAAAGACCUGAUCCUGGAACUUCUAAAGCUGCAGAAAAAGAUUCAGAACAUUGAGUUCUGGUCAAAUGAUCUGAACCGUAUGGCAAGUCUGAAGGAUGUGUGCUUCGCGCCCCUCAACCCCUCCAACCCCUCCCUGACUGACUGUGCUGUCAACAGCCUGCCCCAGUACUUCCAGAACAGUGUGGCCAACCUCAACGCUAAAGUCAACAUGACGGAGCUGGGAGUGACCAAGGAGGUGGACUGGAGAGACCACUUCAUCUACUGCGUCAACUCUCCCCUGUCGUUCAAAGACAUCACUGACCUGCAGUUGAGCUGCAUGGCUGAUUAUGGAGCACCAGUCUUCCCCUUCCUCGCAGUGGGAGGAUACGAGAAUGAAGGCUACACUACAGCAGAAGCUCUCAUCCUGACAUUCUCCCUCAAUAACUACCCUCGAGACAACGUUAAGUUCAAGGUGGCCCUGGAGUGGGAGCAAAGGUUCCUGGACAUAGUCCAAGAGUACCAGAAGAGUCCAGGCAACCCGUUCACCUUUGCGUACAUGGCUGAGAGGUCACUGGAGGAUGAGAUUAACAGGACGACAGUGGAGGACAUCCCCAUCUUCAUGAUCAGCUAUGCUGUUAUCUUUGUGUACAUCGCUGUGGCUCUGGGGGAGUACACCUCCUUCAGUCGAAUACUGGUGGACUCAAAGUUCCUGGUUGGUCUGGGUGGUAUCCUGGUGGUGGGCUGCUCUGUCCUGGCCUCCAUGGGUUUCUACGCCUGGAUCGGUAUCCCCUCCUCUCUGAUCAUCCUCCAGGUUGUCCCCUUCCUAGUGCUGGCUGUAGGAGCUGACAACAUCUUUAUCUUCGUCCUGGAGUACCAGAGGGACGCACGGAGGCCAGGCGAGAAGAGGGAGGAGCGGAUCGGACGUGUCCUUGGAAAUGUAGCUCCCAGCAUGCUCCUGUGCUCUCUCUCCGAGUCUGUCUGCUUCUUCCUGGGCGCUCUGAGCACCAUGCCUGCUGUCAAGUCCUUUGCUCUGUACGCUGCCCUGGCUGUGCUCAUGGACUUCGUGCUGCAGAUGACGGCCUUCGUGGCGCUGCUAUCCCUGGACGCCAGACGGCAGGACGGGAACCGCUGCGAGCUGGCCUGCUGCGUCACCGUCAAGACCACGGCCCCCACCAAACCCAACGAGGGUUUCCUUCUGCCCGCCAUGAGGAAAUACUAUGCCCCCGUCCUCCUCCACCCCGUCACCAGGGUCAUAGUGAUUGUUGUGUUCAUCUUUAUGUUCAUCUCCUCCAUCUACCUGAUGUUCUAUGUGACAGUGGGUCUGGAUCAGGAGCUGGCUAUGCCCCAGGGUUCCUACAUGUUGGAGUAUUUCAAGUACCUGUAUGCGUACUUUGAGGUGGGCGUCCCAACCUAUUUUGUCACGACAAAGGGCUUUAACUUCACCAGCAUAGCGGGUAUGAAUGCAACCUGCUCCAGUGUGGGCUGUGACCCCUUCUCUCUCACUCAGAAGAUCCAGUACGCCACUGAAUACCCUGACCUAUCUUACAUGGCCAUCCCAGCAAACUCGUGGGUGGACGACUUCAUUGACUGGCUAAACCCUGGAUCCAAAUGCUGUCGGCUCUAUUCCAUCGGUCCUAACAAAGGGAAAUUCUGUCCCGCGAGUGAAUCGGCCUUCCUGUGUGGGCAGAAGUGUAUGAAGAUUCCCCUUAACGGGGUACUGAGGCCCGACAAGGAGCAAUUCAACCGCUUCCUACCAGACUUCCUAGGCAACAGGCCCGACCUGCAGUGCCCUAAGGGAGGUCUUGGAGCCUAUGAUAAGGCUGUGAUCACAGAUGAGAGUGGAGAAAUUAUAGGUGAGGAAUACUGGAUAUUAUUUAUCACAUUUGAACCUAAUACACAGACAAUAAAGCUUCGGAAGUCAAAGGUGACCUGUGUCUCUGUGUUGUUAGCCACCAGGUUCAUGGCGUACCACACGGCCCUGACCACCUCCAAGGAGUUCACUGCAGCUCUAAAAAUAGCCAGAGAGCUGGCCCACAACAUCACCCUCAGCAUGAGAUCCAUACCUGGCACAUCCCAGGACUUUGAGGUCUUCCCCUACACGGUGACAUAUGUGUUCUAUGAACAGUACCUGACCAUUGUGUCUGAGGGACUGUUUAACAUCUCCUUGUGCCUACUGCCAACCUUUGUGGUGUGCUGUCUGCUGCUGGGCAUGGACCUGCGCUCCGGCGCUCUCAACCUCCUCACCAUCAUCAUGAUCACCGUGGAUACCGUGGGCGUCAUGACACUGUGGGGCAUCGACUACAACGCUGUGGCUCUUAUCAACCUGGUCACGGCGGUGGGUAUCUCUGUGGAGUUUGUAUCUCACAUGACACGAUCCUUUGCCAUGAGCAUCCAGCCUACACAUGUAGAGAGAGCCAAGGAGGCUACUGCUACUAUGGGCAGUGCGGUGUUUGCUGGCGUCGCCAUGACGAACCUGCCUGGCAUAGUUGUGUUGGCAUUUGCCAAAGCCCAGCUCAUCCAGAUAUUCUUCUUCCGUUUAAACCUGGUUAUCACUCUGCUGGGCAUGGCCCAUGGCCUCAUAUUCCUGCCCGUGCUGCUCAGCUACUUUGGUCCUGGAGUGAAUAAAGCAGUGUUGCUACGGCUACAGCAGGCCAAGGCCCAGGAGCUGGAGCUGAGUAGCCAUGCCAAGAACAUCUACGACAACAUUGGCUAUGAAGACCAGGAGAACAGCCCCAACCCAGACACCACCCCCCAUCACCCCGUACGAACCCCGCACCACUGAGAACCUCAAAAAGGUUGCGAUAGAAGAGACAAUACCCCCCCUCCCCACACAGAGACAAUCUCUGAGGAACAGCUGGAUAAAGUGGUGAGAGUGGGCCAUUUCUGAACACCACCACCUAACCAACUGUUUCCAGUUUAUCUACAUAUACCUCCAUAACCAUAGGAACCGCAAGAGCCCGAAGCAAGGACAAUGUAUGUGGCAAAGCAGGGUCUAAUAGAGAUUCUAUAUAUUGAGCCAUAUGUGCAGAUCUUCAUCUAUGGCACUAGCGGCAAUGUCCCAUUAUUCAGGAAAGGCAGGACUGAAGGCCGCAAUAGACACGACCGUGUAAUAUCUACUACCAGAUGAACUGUGUGGAGUGGAGAUACAUAACCACGUACUGAGCUGAGGGACCUAUUGGUCGUUCAACAGAGACAUCACUUAUAAUAGUAUACUGUGUAAUGUAGACAUGUAGUCUCUCAUCUCCAUAUUCUGUAUGUGACAGUUUCUGCCUGGGCAGGAGGAACUGGCAGGAUGAUUUCUGCAUUGCAAAUUAGGCAGGCACAAAGUGGUUCCUAGUGAGAAAUUACAUACAAAUAUGCUAACAAAAUUAUUUUUUUAUACUAUUAGAAUUGUUUCAUGUGUCAGUUAAAUGUAAAUGUAUGAACAAAAUCUGUUCAUCAAGUAUUCCCACGAAUAAAAAAGAGAUGUGAUCAUGUCUGAAUGUAAUCAAGGUAAGAAAGUAUAGUUAUUUUCAAAUACAAUCUCUUUUUAGUCGUGGUCAAUUUGCAGUGUACAAAUUAUUAUAAUUAUGUUUCGGUUCCCCUACCAUCCACUCCGACAAAAUUCGGCCAGCAGCUGAAUCUAGUUGCUUUCCCCUAAAUUACAGUAACAGAAAACACUCCAGUAAAUAAUUAUUUUCCGUAUUGUUUGUAAAAAAUAUUGUGAAAUGACUAUUAAACAUGUCUGUAAAGUA